AUGCCGGCGCCGCGCGAGAUCUCCUCGCAGUCGGAGUUCGAUGCUGCGCUGUCCGGCGCAGGCCAGGCGUUGGUAGUCGUCGACUUCCACGCCACGUGGUGCGGGCCAUGCAAGGCUAUCGCCCCGGUCUACGCCUCUCUCGCCUCCUCGCAUCCCAACGCCCUCUUCCUCAAAGUCGACGUCGACAAAGUCUCCACCGUGGCGCGCGCACAGAAUGUCACUGCCAUGCCCACCUUCAGCUUCAUCAAGUCCAGCCGCACGCUCGAGCAGCUGCGCGGCGCAGACCCCAACAAGCUGCGCUCGCUCGUGCAGAAGUACGACGAUGGAAAGGCGCCCGCUGGUGGCUUCCCCGGCGGAGGUCGCACCAUCGGUGGUGCGACGCCUGCGUCGACGACACCGCCCGGCGCGGGAAACCCGCUCAACGGCGUCAAGAUGGAGAAUCUGCUGCCGCUCGUCGUCGUCGCGCUGUAUCUCGCAUACGUCCUCUGGCCGUAG